UACAUUUUCUGGGUUCCCUUUUUAGUUUCUGUCUCCUACCACGACAUCAGCUCUCCACAGGAAAUUCCACUCCUUUUAGGUUCCUUCUUUCGCAUUGGGUCCUCCCAGAAACCCCAAUAAAAACAGGGCCCACACCUGAGACAGAGAAACAGAUCUCCGGAGUCUCCCAGCUAGUGCUCUUCUCCUCCAAGCCUUUUCUCCUCUCUGGACCAUGAAGGUCUCUGUGGCAGCCUUCUCCAUGCUCAUGGUCAUGGCCUUCAGCUCUCUGGCAUCCUCUGCACCAAUGGGCUCUGACCCUCCCACCUCCUGCUGCUUCUCCUAUGUCAGCCAACGGAUCCAAAGAAAAUUUGUGACAGAUUAUUAUGAGACCAGCAGCCUGUGCUCCCAGCCAGCUGUGGUGUUCCAGACCAAAAGAGGCCGGGAGGUGUGUGCCAACCCCAGUGAUGCCUGGGUUCAGAGCUAUGUGGAAGACCUGGAGCUGAACUGAGGGCCUCAGAGGCCUUGAAAAAUGACUCUUAAAGGGAAAUGGACCAAGCCAAGGAAUUCCACAGUCAGAUGCAAUCUCCCCAAGCUGCUGCCUGCUGGAGAUCCUUUCCCCCAUUAGAAAUGAUUUUUAGGGGGCAGCUAGGUGGUGCAGUGGAUAGAGCACUGGCCCUGA